CCAUUAUAAUAAGUUAGCAUCAUUAAGAAGAUAAUGGAUUUGCAAUAUGUAUUUUCUCAAUAUUAAUUUAGCUAACUGUGAAUUAUGCUCUUUGGAAUGGUCUCAGGCUGUUGUCUCUUGAAGAUGCCUACUUUGAGGACCCAGUUGGAGCUGUCAUUGAAAAUAUGCUAUUAAAAGUCCAUGUGCUUGGAGAAGGAAUUAUUGGUCAAACUGCUUUAAAUGGGAAGUACCAAUGGAUUCAAGCUGAUGGGCCAAGUGGGGAAUGGAAUUCUUUUAGAUCUACUGAAAAUAAACACACAUUUCAGGAUGAUUCUGAGGUUUGCUAUCAGUUUUCCUCUGGAAUAAAGACCAUUGUGGUAGUACCGGUUGAACCACAAGGACUAGUACAGUUUGGAUCUACUGAGAAGAUAUCUGAAAGAUUGGACUUUGUGGAUUAAACAAUGAGGCUCUUUCAGGAAACCGAAAAUCUUGAUGUGUUUAGCACAUUGGAAAAUGCUAAUUCAUAUGAAAAAGUAGAAACCUAUGACAUAAAUGGAUUGUUUGCUUCCUUA